AUGGGUCUGCGUGAACUCCUCUUCCCCGCCGCCCUUUGUAUAGGUGCGGUCAAUGCCCAGAACAUACCAUCUGGAGCUGUUUCUUCGCACGUCGCUUCCUCUGGCUUUCCAACCUCUGUUUUCUCGUCCUACUGGGUCAAGCCUGUCGCUACAGCGGAGCCUCAACCUGCCCUGUAUGAUCCGGUCUUAAAUAUCACCUUCCCUCUCAAUCUGACCUCUCCUAACACGAUCCCGGAUGAAGAUAAUGAUCCGGUUCAUUAUGCAGCUCCGAUUGCUAAUCUUACCCUCGCUGGUAAGCAAGCCGUGAUCAAGAGCAUCACCUCCCAAGUUGAGGAGAUCGUCGCAAGCAAUCAAUUCAACACCAGCUGCUCGAAAUGUGUUGCUGGUUUGACAGUUGCAAAGACUGCAUCCCAAUUGGCACCCGAACUUGUGCCUGGCGCCAUGGUAUCUCUUUGCAAGCAGUUCAAGCUUCACGAUAACGAGACCUGUGAGGAAGACUUCGAGACAACCACUUUUGGCGCCAUCUGGACACAAAUUCUGGCCUUGGCUGAUGUGUCCGGUCUGGAUGGACAGUAUAUCUGCAACAGGAUUUCCAGUAACUUCUGCUCUAUGCCGACAACCAGUCCGCUGAACACUACUGGACUCUUUCCCAAGCCAAAACCCACCAACUACACGAUCCCCAAGCCCUGUGGUAACCGCAUCAAGGUACUUCACAUGUCUGAUAUCCACUUGGAUCCUCGUUAUGCUGUCGGAAGUGAAGCCAACUGCACAUCCGGUUUGUGCUGCCGCGCCAAUAACUUCAACACUGCUCUUCCCGAUGGUGAAAUCUCACUUCCCGCACCAUACUACGGCGACUUUAAAUGUGACAGCCCGUACGGCUUGGUUCUCUCAGCUUUGGAUUCUAUUGCUCCUCUCACUGGCACCAGCAAACAAGAUCCAUUCGGUUUCAGUAUUUAUACUGGUGAUCUGGUCAGUCACGAAAGCCAGAACGAGCUCUCUAGAGCCUAUGUAGAGUACGCAGAGCUGUCAAUCUAUGACAUGCUCAAGAAAUUUAUGGGCAAAGCGCCUGUUUAUACCGUCCUUGGAAACCAUGAUACUAACCCUGAAGCCAUCGAUGCGCCCCAUAGUCUUCCUGGAGAUCUUGGUAUGCAGAUGUCAUGGAACUUUGAUCAUGUUGCUGGACUAUGGCAUGAGGAAGGAUGGCUCAACGCGACCGCUGCAGAGCAAGCACGUCUCCACUAUGGCGCUUACUCUGUCAAGACUCCUCAAGGUCUCCGUGUUAUCACCUUCAACACUGACUUCUGGUACAAAUCAAACUUCCUCAACUUGAUUGACACACUGAACCCGGACAAGUCUGGCAUGUUUGCAUGGAUAAUCCAGGAGCUUCAAGCAGCUGAAGAUGCAGGAGAGCGCGUCUGGAUUCUCGGACAUGUUUUAAGUGGAUGGGACGGUACCAACCCCAUGCCCAACCCUACCGAUCUCUUCUACCAGAUCAUCGACCGCUACUCGCCUCAUGUCGUCGCCAAUGUGUUCUUCGGCCACACCCACGAAGACUUUGCAUACGUCUGGUACGCCAACAACGGCACCAACCAGUCCGCCGGCAAUGCCUUGACCACCGCAUGGGUCGGCCCUAGCAUCACCCCGCUCACAAACGUCAACUCUGCUUUCCGCAGCUACGAAGUCGACACUGGCGACUGGAACGUCUAUGAAGCCUACACCUUCUACUCUGACGUCGAGUCCUUCUCCGGUUUGAACAGCACAGGCCCGACGUUCAAGUUCGAAUACAAUACCAGAGAUACCUAUGGUCCGAGCAUCAACUGGCCUGGUGAGGCUCCUCUGAAUGCUACUUUCUGGCAUGAGGUAUCUGAGCAGAUCGCCAAAAACACUACAUUGGCCAGUACUUUCAAUACUUAUCAAGGCAAGAGUAGCGUUAUGAGUCCUAAUUGUACGAAUAUUGCUUGUGCGCAGGCGAAGGCGUGCUAUAUGCGUAGUGGCAGUGUGGCUCUGGGUCAAAAGUGUCCUCAANNGGGUAAGUUCCUUCUCCCGUUACGCAUGAGAUGUGUCCGAGGUUUACUGACGAUUGUGCAUAGAUAUGGUAGUGUGCAGAGUCCUUUCAAGCCCACCUCUUAA